AGCAGACGCAAGCUCCACUGAUGCACCGUUGAGGGCUCCGUGACAAGCACGCGCCACGAUGUCCAGCAGCUGGCUUUUCACCGUCGCUGUAAGCGUCACGCUGGUGUCGUCGGCACUGUCUCAGUGCGUGACGUACGGCUACUGCGGCAAAGACGAGGACUCCGGCAAGCCGCUGCCAUGUGCGGUCAAGCGUGAUCCGGUCCCCAUCGAGAGUAGCAUCCUCAAGGACGCGUGUCCCGCGCUGAUCGAUUCUUCCGGCAAGUCGGUGCCCGCCUGCUGCGACGCGAAGCAGGCGGCGGCGUUCAAGUCUGAGUUGAAGAGCCUCGUAAAACUCGGCGUUAAGAAGACAGGCCCGUGCUUCCGCAACUUCCAAAACCUCGUCUGCCAGGCGUUCUGCUCGCCCAAGCAGUCCGAAUUCGUCGCCAUCAAUGGCACCAGCAGCGAGGGAAGCGGCCAACUCUCGGCCACGGAAUCGGUCUACGCCGUGCACAAGAAGUUCGCCGAAAAAGUGUACGAUUCCUGCAAGGGCGUCCGCACCUACGUCUUCUGGACCAAGCUGAUGUCGUACAUGUGCGGGAAGCACGGCGCCCGUGGCUGCUCGGCCCAGCGCUUCCUCGACUUCGUGGGCUCCACCUCCUCGGAGGGCGGCUACUCGCCCCUCAAGAUCCGCCACGUUCUCACCGAGGGCCCGAUUAUGGUAGCCGGCCAGAAACUGGAGCCUUUCAACCCCAAGUUUCUCUGAUUUUGCGAUUAGACGUGGCAGGAACGUGAUUAGCAAUGGUUGGAGCAAUAAAUUAUUACUUGAACAAGCAGCAGCUGUAAAACGGGAAAUUCGUUUCUCUUUCUUAUUUCAUUUUAUAUAUUUACUCUCAGCGUCAGUCAAGCCAGCAUACAGGCAGUGGGUCUUAAAAUAAACAAAGUAAAGAUAAUGACGUGGGAGUUUACAGAAAGGUGAUCGGGAGGUUCGGUUUUAAGUUUUAGUGGAUUCAUAAUGGCGACAGUGGAGGUAGGCAGGUGGUUCCAGACUGAUGCGGAAUUCAUGAGCGCAGGAGAUUGAUAAAUGUGCAGGAGGUCCCAAGCGCCCACAAAUGCUUCAGACUCCAGCGGCGCAGAACAAACCAGAGCGCCACCAGUGUGGGCGCCAUUUCUGUUGUCUAGGUCUCCUACACUCACAGCAAAAUAAACACUAUGAACUAUGAACAGGGACCGAACAGCAAUGCUAAAUUGCACCAUAAAAUGCCCACUAGCUGUAACAUAAACUAGAGAUCUACCCAAAGCUUUCAACUGUGUGAAUAAAUGUCAGUUGUAUAUUUG